AUGUGCAAGUUUCAGAAAUCUAAUACUGAGAAUAAGGGUUUAUCAGAAAUAUUUGUAGAAUUUUUGCAGGGAUUAACAAAUGAAAAAUAUUUAGGUGAAGAGAAAAUUUGCAGACACGCAAAGCAUGUUUUGAGAGCGUAUAUGAAAUUAAACAUUGCUAACAAAUUUGCCAAAUCUCCAAAAUAUGAUUUAAAGACAUGUCAAACAUUUGAAUCACCCAAUAUAUGCUCUAUAUCACCUACUAGAGCUACAGUUUCACCAGUUUCAAGUGACUCACUGAAUAGUUGUAACACCUAUUCAACCUCAUUAAGGCAUAGGAAUUAUCUAUCUAGUGAUUUAGAGAAAGAGAUUACAUGUAAAUUUGCUAGAUUAAAUAAGUCAUUAAAUGAAGGCUAUGAUUCAAUGGAAUCUCCAGAUAAAUUUAUUGAUUUUGAUUACCAAGAGGGUUAUAUACCUUCAGAUCAAAAUACAGCUGAAACAAGGUCUUGUCAUUCUUUAUAUCGUAUAGCAACUAAUUCAACAUCUAUUUCCCCACAAAAUAGUGAUGAAGGGAUGAGAAAGCUUAAUAAUGCGUUACGUGAAGAUAAACUUAGACGUAUAUCAACACAUUCAUCAAGAACUUGGCCAUCAGCUGUAACUUCACAUUUACAAGGCUUAGAUAUAUUCUUAAAAAUAGCCACUUAUAUACCCCCAACAAAGAGACCAAAUAGAUCGUUAAGACUCUCUAUUGGGAGUUGUUAUAGGCCUCACCCAUCUAAAAUUCACUAUGGUGGUGAAGAUGCUCAUUUUUAUGAUGAUAACAUAAUGUGUAUAGCAGAUGGGGUUGGAGAAUGGGCUAAUUUUGGUAUUAACCCACGGGCGUUUGCAGAUGAAUUAGUUGCAGGUGUCAAUAUUGCUGCAACUUCAAUGUUUAAUGUUAUAAAGGAUAAAAAUAUCAAUAAUUCUAUUGAAAGUAGUGUAAAAUCAAAAGAUGCAAUUCUUGUUAAUAGAAAUUUGAAUGUAGAAGAUACAGAUGAAUUUACAUUGAAAUCAGAUAAAUCUGAGUAUAUUUACAGUGAGAAAUCAAAAACUCAUCUAGGUUUGGCUGAAAAGUCUACUCAGUUAAAAUCUGCAGAUUAUUCAUUACAGGGAAAUAACAUCAAGGAAAAAAUAGAAAUAGACAACUUAUCUAUAAAUUUAAAUCCAAAUAAGAAGUGUUCAGUCAAAAAUGAGUUUAAUGUUACUACAUAUAAUGAUGAAGUAUCUACAAGAGUUGAACUGAUAGAACCUCUGAAUAACUCUUUAAUCUAUGCUCAAUAUCUCCUUGAGGAGGGAUACAGAAAUACAAAAUCAUUUGGUUCUUCAACAAUUCUGGUGGCAUAUUUUGAUACUUUGAUGAGUAAUCUUGGAAUAUCUUAUUUGGGUGACUCAGGUAUUAUAAUAUUAAGGAGAAUACCCGAUACUUUUAGAAUGGGUAUAGUAUAUCGAAGUAUAAUGCAGCAACAUUCUUUUAACUGUCCAUAUCAAUUAUCUAAACUACCACAGAAGGAAGAUUUGCCUUUAUUGCAAAAAAGAGGUUUACUACAAUUUAUAAAAUUGAUGCAAAAUCGGAGUGAUGUUCCUCAAGAUCUACCUGUUCACACAAUAAAAAAAUCACUAAAUUUGAUGGAAGGAGAUCUCGUUAUUAUUGGUACUGAUGGCCUAUUCGAUAAUCUCUUUGAUUAUGAAAUAUGUAGUAUAUUAAAUGGCGCGGUUUCUCCAUAUGAGGCAUCAAGCUUAUUUUUAGAUGCAUCAUUAGCUACAUCUUCACAAAACAUAGCAAUGGCUUUAACAAAUGCAGCGUUUAUAAAAUCAUUAGAUCCAAAGGCUAAAACUCCAUUCAAUAAACAGUGGGCUAGUGACAAUAGUAAAUCUUUCCCAUUCUGCAAUAUCGGAGGUAAAUUAGAUGAUAUAACUGUAGUUGCAGCAUGGGUUGUUGCAUCAAAUAUUGGAGUAUCUAAAAUGAAAUCUUUUUAA